AUGGCCAACUCGUUACGAAUGCGUUUACGCUCCGAGAAACAUCUUGCCAACAUUACAAAGCGAGGCCAAGUGUCACAGCCUAAAAAGGAAGACAAGGGCUAUAGUGUGGGUCCUAUCCUGUUUGGCUUUUUCGUAUUUGUGCUAGUUGGUUCAGCGUUGGUACAGAUAUUACAAUCUGCGCAGUUUGGCCUGUAA